AUGUCGUACAAAUUAGCGCAAAUGGCCCUACGUAGUUUGACAAUGGCCAUGAUGAUACUAGCAUUCUUUUUUAAUUCUGAAGAUAUGGAUGAGUUGACAAUAGAUCUUUUUACGAGGCUGGGUGUAUCUGGAAGCUAUUCAAUAAUAACCCUCGGUCUGCUUAUUGAAUCUGGGCUGCAGUUGAAAUCAGACAAGUUAGUGGAAGCAAUAUUUCUGAUAUCAGGUAUCGCCCUGAGUUUACUAAGUGCAACAUUUUCCUUCAUCAACUUCUACGCAGACGAAGGUUUCAAACAAGGCAAGUCUGUAAACAGUGGCAUAACUAGUCAUAAAUGCAUCCAGUGUUUAAAACAACAAUACUUUUGCAGAAUUAAAUUAUUUGAGGGGAUUCUAGAAAAAGAUGUCAUUGACAUCGGACAGCUUCAAAAACUGGCUUUUAAUGGUGUGCCGGAGGAAAAGGGUCUUCGAUCACUGGUUUGGAAGAUACUCCUCCAUUAUAUCCCCACUGAAAAAAAUUCAUGGGACACAACACUACACAAGAAAAGACAACUGUAUCAACAGUUUAUUGAUGAAAUAAUAGUAUCACCAGGGGGACCCACUGAUCAUCCAUUGAACAUGAGUCCUGAUAGUUCUUGGAGCACUUACUUCAAAGACAAUGAGGUUCUCUUGCAAAUUGACAAGGAUGUGAGAAGAUUAUGCCCAGAUAUAUCCUUUUUCCAAUCGGCUACCGAAUUUCCUUGUUCGGAAAUAGUAAAUAGCAAUGGUGUAAAACGUCUUCACAAGAGAGUUGAGCAAUCUGUUCUAAAGUAUUCUACAUUGGAGAGAAGAGGCUUGGGUGUAGCUAAGCUAAGCAAUGAGAUAAGACGUACAGAUAUAUCAAGCGGUGACUAUACUCCUCUUAAUGAAGGCUGUGAAGCUCAUUGGGAGGUCGUUGAACGGAUGUUGUUUCUCUAUGCCAAGUUGAACCCUGGACAAGGCUAUGUUCAAGGCAUGAAUGAAAUCAUUGGACCAAUUUACCACACAUUCGCCUGCGAUGCCAACAUGGAAUUUAGAAAGUAUGCUGAGUCCGACUGCUUUUUCUGCUUCACAAACCUGAUGUCAGAAAUACGGGAUUUCUUCAUACGGACUUUGGAUGAGACUGAGAGCGGUAUCAACUAUAUGAUGGGCAAGCUGAGUGACUGUUUGAAGAAACAGGAUAGGGCUGUGUGGGACCGACUUAAGAAACAGGAGCUGAGACCACAGUACUAUAGCUUUAGAUGGCUGACGCUGCUGUUAUCCCAAGAGUUUUCUUUACCAGACGUCGAAAGGAUCUGGGAUUCUUUGUUUGCGGAUGCGAGGAGAUUUGAUUUCCUUAUAUUUAUUUGCUGUGCCAUGAUUUUACUGGUCCGAGAGAACAUUCUCAAUGGUGACUUCGCGUCCAACGUAAAAUUGCUUCAAAACUUUCCACCUAUGGACGUAACUUUAAUACUUAAUAAAGCCCUCGAGAUAUCUUAUACGUAA